UCUCUUUCACUCUCCUUUCCAUCUCAAAUUCCUGAAAUCACUGCAGAAAUCUCAAUUUCUCAACAAAAAGUCCAUCAAUUUCUUACCCACCUCCCCCACUUCUAAUCCCCCCAAAAUUUCAUUCUCAAAAUUGUAAUUUUGAAUGACCUAAAUCAGAUUAAGCUUUCUUUAGUGUUCUUUUCUCAAAAUUGGGUUUAAUGGCACCAAGUAAGAGAAGAAGAGGUGGUGCUAAAAAAGCUUCUUCUACUGCUGCUGCUGCUAAGAAACGAAAAAAAUCUGAAAUUUCUACUGAAAAUGUAUUGCCCCAAGAAAAAGAAGAAGAAGAAGUAGGGAAAGAAAUUGAGACAGUGGUGGUAGAAGAAAUAGAAGAAAUUCCUGCAGAUCCUCCUGUUGUUCCUUCAAUUCCAGUUGAACCUCCUGUAGAUUGUGGUAAAGCUUCUUCUUCUACUGCUAAGAAAUUGGGGAGUAAAAAUGAAAUUUCUACUGAAAAUGUAUUGACCCAAGAAGAAGAAGAAGAAGUAGGGAAAGUAAUUGAAAGAGUGGUGGAACAAACACUGGCACCUGUUUUAUCUGCAGAUCCUCCUGUUGUAGACUUGGAUUCUGACUCUGCAGCUGACACUAAACGACUUCCGAGUCGUGAUGAGAAAUCUGAUAAUGAUCUUCUUAGCGGGGAUCUCCAACAAACAUUUCUUCGAAACGAAGGUGAUGAUUCCUCAGUGGGUGGAGAUUCUCCUGUAGGAGAUAUUUCUUCUGGACAACAACAAUUGUGUGAGGAUCAAACAGAAGUGGAGGUUCUUGAUUGUAUACAAGAUGAUAACAAGGAGAAAGGAGAAAGUGGGAGUGAACAUAUGGAUACACGUGGAAGAAAAGUAGAUUUGACACAGAGCUUUGUGAGCGAUCAGGUUUUUGACUCACGUGAUGCUCUUAUCGAGUGGUGUCAGGAGGUUGGAAGAAAAAAUAAGUCUGUGGUUGUGGUAUCUAAGUCAAGGAAUCCUGUUCUAGGAAGGCCUUCAAUGUUGGAAUUAGGGUGCGAAAGAGGUGAUGUGUACCAAGAUCAUAAGAAAAAAACAGAUACAUCAACACUGAAAGACCUUACAAAAAGGAGAGAAUCAGGGACGAGAAAAUGUGGAUGUCCGUUUACACUAAAAGGAGUGUGGAUGGAAGGUGAUAAAUGGAAGGUCAGGGUGCACUGUGGAACACACAAUCAUGAGCUACCAGAAACGCUUGUUGGCCACUCCGACGUAGCUAGGUUAAAGGAGGAGGAAAAGGAAAUAUUAGUUGAUCUGACUAAAAGUGGUAUUCGACAUCGGCGAGUGCUUAGCCCACUCAAACAGAGAAGCAAAGAGAACAUGUCAACAACGAGGACAAUUGAUAAUGCAAGUGCAGCAAUAAAACUUAUGGAGGUUGAAGGGAAAUCAGCAAUGCACACUCCUUGUAGUGUAAACGUGUUAACAAUGAAGAAAGUUAAUGAUGCAAGUGCAGCAAUAAAACUUAUGGAGGUUGAAGGGAAGUCAGCAAUGCAACAGGUACUGGGAUUGCUGUUGAAACACCAUUACGUGGAAUGGCAUAGGAGAGAUGAUAAGACAGAUGACCUGAAAGAUAUCUUUUGGGCCCAUCCAGAAUCAUUACAAUUGGUCUUGGGUUCCCAUUCUGUGCUCAUUGUCGAUUGCACUUACAAGACCAACCGGUUUGGUUCACCUUUGUUACGGAUUGUUGGUGUUACUUCUACAGGAAAAUUGUUCACCGUCGCAUUUAUUUUCAUGGAGGCGGAGACAGAAGAUCACUAUACUUGGGCUUUGACUCGUUUAAAGAGACUAUUUUCCCCAAAUGCGCUACCAUCUACCUUUGUAACAGAUGGAGAGCUCAAAUUAGUGAAUGCAAUAGGUACAGUCUUUCCAAAAGCAAAAUGGCUGUUUUGCUCAUUGCAUGUCUUAAAAAAGGUUUCAGAAAAUUGCAAGCAAUACUUUGAGUCCGAUGAAGAAUUUGAAAGAUUUAUGAAAGAGUGGACAAAUCUGACUCAAGCGAAGACCAAAGACGAGUACGCUGACACUUUCUGUGACUUUGUAUUAACAUGGACAAGCUACCCUGGAUGCAUCCAGUAUUUACGUGAUAAUUGGCUAGGACAUAAAGAGCAUUAUGUACUGGCAUGGACAAAGUUCAUAAAGCAUUUUGGAAACACGGCAAUAAAUAGAGUUGGUAGUUCUCAUGCUAUUCUGAAGAGUCAGCUAGCAGCUAGUAACUUCUCGACUUGUUGGACGACAAUGCACAAGAUGAUAUGCGACGAGAUAAUAGACAUUAAAGCCUCCUUCGAGAAGAGUCUGAUAUCCGUUCCACAUGAAUAUCUGCUUCCUGCUUUUAAGGAAUUGCGGGGUUGUGUUUCACAUAAAGCGAUGGAACUUCUAUUGUUGGAGUGUAGUCGUUCUGAAGAUGUAGGCUUUGACGUUGGAGUUUGUGGGUGUGUCCUUCGCCUCUCUUAUGGGCUCCCUUGUGCCCACGAGAUAGUACAAUAUUUUCGUAAUGGUACAGAAAUACCUCUUUCUGAGAUUGACUCCCAGUGGAAACUACUUUCAACUAUACCAGUGCCUGAAGAUCAUAGCGAGUUUGAUUACCUACCAGAGUUGAAAUCAGUGAGGGAGAGGUGGGAAAAAGCAUCCAAAUCUGAACGCGAGAUAAUGCAGAAGAAGUUAGAGGAAACUGCAUGCUUGUAGAGUCAUCUGUUGGUGUUCAAUUUUGAAUGAUCCGAUUUUGUUCAUUGUUUUUUAUGUAGGAACUGAUGUGUCAGGUAGAUCAGCUGCUUGAGUCGGUUUUCUCACUUAUCAGGAGAGUUACAUCUUUUACAACUCAGGUGGACGAGCCAAGCUAUAGGAUGAGAAGUUUCAGAUACAUGUUCGGGCAGCAAAAAUGUUAGUAUAUCUGAUCAUAUUAGACUUAGUCUCAUUUUGCCUUGGAUCAACCAACAGCACGUCACUCUGUUUUUCUCUGUGCUAUGUAUGUAUUUAAACAAAUGAAUGACACCUUCACUAUCGGUAGAAAAGUAAUGUAUAGUUAGUGUCGGAGAACUGGUCUGUUCGUGUAUGAUUAUAAACAUUCUGUUGUAAACUUGUAGUAUGUAAAGUCUUGACGAGUUAAACUACUUACGAGGGUAUGCACCGUGCAUGUAUCCUCUGUGAUGUUGCGCACAUUGUUUGUGUUGGAUCAGAUUGUUUCUCAGUAUUACAUGACAAUUGGAU